AUGACCAACCAAAGUACCACAGCCUCCUCUGCUCCUACUCCUGCGGCCGAUCCGGCUCCCACUCCCACCCCUAAACAGCACACCAAGACGACGAGCAAGUCUCGCCGGGCUCGACCUCGGCGUCGAGCUGUCCAGUCGGAUCACGAGUCUGAAGACGACGCUGGCGGUCUCACAGACAGCGGCAGUCUCACGGACGCAUCAACCGCUCCAGAUGACGAGGACGAUACGGACGACGAGCUCCCUGAAGUGCCCGACGUCCGGAAGACUUCAGGACCAGCCCCGGAUCAACCCCCCAAAUCCGCAGACGACAUCCCCAUCUCCUCCCUCAGUCUCUCGGACUCGGCUCCGGCAUCACUAUUCGCGGAUACGACACCCCUCGUAUGGGCCGACCAGCCGUCGGACCAGAAGAUCGAAGAGGUCACUUUCGAGGAGUUCUCGGGCCGGGGCAGGGGCAGAGGCAGGGGACGAGGAGGCGCAAGGGAAGGCGCACCAGCGGAGAGGAAGGAAUUGACCGAGGAGCAGCUGAAGAAGGUGCUGGAAAAGAAGGAGAGGAAGAAGGAGAAGAUGAGGGAGAAGAAGAAGGCGGAACAGGAGGCCAAGGCGAUUGCGAAGAAGGAAGCUGCUGCUUCUCCGGCGGCGCUGGCGGCGACAUCUGCAGAGGCGUCUGCUGCAGCGCCAGUGUCUGGACCCGCCACGAAGCCCACGGCGAAGGAAGUCAAGACCGCACGGCCCAAGCGGGAGCCCAAGCCGUCAAAGAAGAAAGGCGGGCGGGAGGCGAAAUCGGCGGCAACGGCGAUCGUACCUGCCACAGAAGAGGAUGAUGGAGGAUGGGGCGGAGAUGCGCUAUCACGGCCGGUAGGCGUCGCUCCGGCUGCAGUGGUGGCGGAGUCCGAGACGCAAGACGAUGGUGGAUGGGGAGAAGGGGCCCCGUCCCGACCUGUCGUCGUUGCGGCUCCAGCUGCUCCGGUCGAGCCUCAGUCCGAAGCGGUAGAUGACGGAGGCUGGGGCCAAGGUGCGCCUUCCAACGUCGUCGCUCAACAAUCUUCGACCGCCUCAUCAAACGCCGGCCGAGGCGCCACCGGAUCCACCUCCACCCCUCCCACCUACAUACCCUCUCGCCCAAAUCACCACCAACAAUCAAAUAAUCUCCCCUAUCCUCCGCGUCUUCCCGGCGACCCUAGAUUCCUACCUCGAGCCGGCAAUUUCUGGCCGCAUGAACAGCGACAAUACGGCCCAGGCGAGGGACGGGGUGGAUACUCAGGCUCGGAAAUGAGGGGGAUGGGCGGUUAUGGGCGGGGACAGCCGAACUUCCGCGGCGAGGGCCGAGGCUUCGCAAGGGGGUUCAGAGGGCGGGGGAGGGGGUUCGGCGGAUUCCAAGGGGCUUCCUAUGGGCCUCCUCAGGGGCGAGAGGGGGAGGAAGCGAUGGAGGCGCAUGAGAAGGAUGGGAGGCUCGAGAUGGACAAGCUUGAGGAUGAGGAGCGGGCGCGGUCUGAGCGGGCUAGGAAGGCGAGGGAGGCGACGGCUGAGCUGGAAGCUGCUAUGGAGACGGAGAGAAAGCAGCGGGAAGCGGAGGGAGAGCAGCCGGAGGAGGAGUUGCCGCUUCCGUAUCCUAAGCGGAGUGGCAAAUGGGGACAUGAGGGGUUUGAGCAGAUGGAGUCUAAUCCGAUGAUGGCGUUCAGGGGUGCGUUCCGGGGCGGUCGAGCACGGGGGCGGGACUUUAUGGGCCGCGGUGGAUUCUCCCCGCAAGGAUUAAGGCAGUUCCCUCCGCACAUCCAGACCCCCAUCGAGCCUACAUUUCUCAACCAGGAGACCACUCCGACGGCUGUUCCGCAUGAGAGUGCCCAACUCUCGGCUUCACACCCCUCCUCGGCGGCGGCUCAGGCUUCAGCAGAGCAGCAGCUCACGCAGCCCACGGUGGACGAGCUCCUCCCUUCCGAGUCGAGCGUGACGGUUCACCUCCCCGGCUCGAGGGAGAGCCAUGAAGUCCCAUAUAAGGCUUCCGGUAGCUCCACGCCGACAGCAUCUACUCCUCUCCCAUAUGUCAACAUCCCGCUGCGCCAACACCACUACCAGCCUCGAGCACCUCAUCCGGGACGGCGAUACCAGAACGGCCCAUACCGUCCCCCGGCACAGCAGUUCCAGGCACCUGCGCCUGUACCCGCCCCCUCUCCUCUCCCGCCGCACCUCACUGGCGGGUCUCACCGGUCCCACCAUACCGCCAGCCCCUUCACACCUGGAUCCGAGAACGGCUCGAUCGGCUCUCCCUCCUUCAUCCCGCCUCCGCAGUUCCUGCCUCCCGGAAUCGGAAUAGCUCCAAACGGCGAGUACUUCAAUCUAGCCAAUGGCGCUCCAGUCGACUUUCACCCUGCUCCCUCGCCAGCCGUACACGGGUCCAACGGAAAUAGCGCGAGCCAGCCAUUUUUCCAGGCCGGACCACCUCCCCAGCGGCCCAUGUCGGGCUUCAACGGCAUCCCGCAGUACUCGCCCGCAGGCGACAUGUCCAGCCCAAACAUGUACUACCCCAAUAUCAUGUCUACCCCUCCACCACUUGCAAACCACGAUCACAACGGAUCUUUCCGCCCGGAAUCGCCAUACGGUACAGGCAACUUCCAUCCCCCGCCUCCUGCUCAGCUCGGAUACUUUGCACCUCCGGCCCCGGCCAAGCCAAUCUCCAUCCGCGAUCCCUCUGUCGACCCCAGCGACCCGUCUCCGGAAAAGUCGGCCAAGCCCCUCCCGACAAAGUCUAGGCUCAGUACGGCCGGUACACCAUUCAUACCGUCUUUUGCCCAGAAUGAGGCGCAGGACGAGCAGGCGUACUAUGGGCACGGCCAGGCGUGUAACCCGUAUGCUUUUCAUGGGAUCCCGGUUAUGGAGGAUCACGGGCAGGGGCAGUAUGGGUAUGGGUAUCAGUGGCAGGCUGAGCAAGGGCACGGGCACGGGCAGGAGGAGCAGUAUGCUGGGUAUGCGUACCAGGCGGGAUAUGGGUUCUGA